AUGACACAUAGCUCUAAAAAAACUGACCAGAGAGACCCCCUUCCAACUUGAAACAAAAUAUACAAAUCAUCAUCCCAUCUUCUUCUUCAACCAUCAAUUUCCUUUCUCACAAUGCCUACAUUCACUGCAACAAUUGGCUCAGUUUCUUUCCUUUCUCAUCUCUUCAACCCUGAUGCCUCCUCUCUCUCUUGUUUCCUAAACCAACCAAAGCUCUCAAAUGUGUACUCUAAACCAUCUCUUUUCAAGAGAUCCCCAUCUUCAUCAUCAUCAUUGUGUAAUCUCAAAGUCUCUGCUUCAUCCAAUACCAAAACUGAUAGCUCUCAACAACCUGAAGCUGCCCUCACCGCAGUUCUUGACAAUUCUGUGCCCACUGAUGGUAUUAAACCAGCACAGAGGUCUGCUGAUUGGAAGGCUGCCAGGGCAUAUUUGCAGAGUGGGUUCAUCUAUGGGGGUAGAGUUGAAGGAUUUAAUGGUGGAGGCUUGUUGAUUCGGUUCUAUUCCCUUGUGGGGUUUCUCCCUUUUCCUCAGAUGAGCCCUUCACAUUCAUGUAAAGAACCCAGCAAAACAAUCCAUCAGAUUGCUAAAGGUCUGGUUGGUUCGAUUCUUUCUGUGAAGGUAAUCCAAGCUGAAGAAGAGAGCAGGAAAUUGAUAUUCUCGGAGAAGGAAGCCGUAUGGACAAAGUUCUCUACCAGAAUUAAUGUAGGGGAUAUUUUCGAAGGAAAAGUCGGUUCUGUCGAAGAUUAUGGCGCUUUUGUUCACUUGUGCUUCCCUGAUGGAGUGUAUUAUCUCACUGGCCUAGUUCAUGUCUCGGAGGUUUCCUGGGAUUUAGUUCAAGAUGUUAGAGACAUCUUGACUGAAGGAGAUGAUGUUCGAGUGAAGGUUAUUAAUAUUGAUAGGGCUAAGUCAAGGAUUACUCUAUCAAUCAAACAGUUGGAGGAAGAUCCACUGUUGGAAACAUUGGACAAAGUGAUUCCCCAGGAUGGUUCAGCUGAUUUUGAUUCCUUGACUUCAAGCAAUAAUAGUACCAUCGAACCACUUCCGGGACUUGACGUGAUAUUUAAAGAGCUUCUGCAGGAAGAUGGUAUAAAUGAUGUAAGGAUUAGUCGACAAGGGUUCGAAAAACGGGUAGUCUCUCAAGAUUUGCAGCUUUGGCUUUCAAAUGCACCGCCUAGUGACAAUAUGUUCACCCUCCUAGCUCGUGCAGGAAGACAGGUUCAGGAGAUCCAACUGACAACAUCCCUUGAUCAAGAAGGUAUCAAGAAGGCUUUACAACGAGUACUGGAACGUGUUCCUUGAUUCGAUUUUUCUCUGCGACACUGGCUUAUCGUUUCUGGUUAUUUAUCCAGUUUUUAUAAUUUCUUACUGGUUUUAAUAUUUAUCUUGUACAAAAAGUUACAGGACUGGAGGACAUACUCUAAUCUAUAAAUGUUCAUAGUUUAUAUUACA